ACAGGCCUCUCUCUGUGUUCUCCUUUAACUCGGGGGAGUGAGUGACAGGAAAGACAGAUAAAAAACGUCUGAGAGAGUGCGGGGGCGAUGUGCUGGACAGGUCAAAUGGUGGACAGGAGCACGUUUAACCGGGUUAUUCCUCACUUUCUCUUUAAAAUGGAGUGGAACGGAACGUAAUGUUGGAGUGCUGGGCUAACAGGGCAUGGAUCUGAGCAAGGUGCUGCUUGUGCUGCUGAGUAUGGUCGUCUCUGAACUGCCUCAGGUUCAAUCCAAACCGCUGGACUUUGUGUGUGACAGUGAGGCCAGGAGGGUCAUGAACAAGGUCAAGGAGCUGGAAGAGGACAUGGUGGACUGCGGAGCUGCGGCCUCCCUCCCUUCUCCAAUCCGACUGCCCUGCAUCAGAGUUCAUAAAGCCACCUGGGCAAAGAAGUCUGUCCGGCAGCGUCAGGCUGAAGUCCUGCUGUCUCUGGGUUCUCUGGUGCAGGAUGUCCGGCGAGCGCAGGCUCAGAGCCAGCCGAGCUGUGGGCUAAACCUGCUGGAGCGUUUGGAGCGCAGCAUCAGUAACUACCUGCAUGUGCUGACACAACUCCACAGCGAGCAGGGGGAGUCAGAGAGCGCCCAGGAUCCGGUCUGUCUGGGGCAGAACUCUCAGGAUUUCGGGGUGGUUCUGAGGCACUUCGACCGGCUGAUCUCCGGAAAGCUGGAAUUGCUCAUUACAGACAUGGCUCAGGCCUGUUAGACCAACAUUCACGCUUCCAAACCCUCCCAGACGGCUUCUUCGCUUUCAGCACUGCACCGUGUUGGCAGAUGAGUCCUUUCAUCAUAAGCCUGAAGCCACCUUCAAGAAAAUGGAGGGCCAGACACAGACACUGGAUGCCUCCGUCUGCUGGGGUUUAAUAAGAAAAGAUGGAGCCACAGCGCCAUCUGCUGGAGAAAAGCUGUACUGCUGGGACAAACUGAGUCCGGAUGAGUCAUGAAGCAAAGCAGGAGGCAAACAUGUAAAGAAAAUUGUAACUGAACUGCUGGAUUCUUUCAUCUUUGUGUUUUUGGACAUUGCUGUAAAUGUAAAAAUAUUAUUUUUGUAUGGAGAAGUUGUAUUUUACCUUUAGAGAAAGGCACUAACAUUGUCACUGAUGCACUCCUUUCUCAUAAUUGGAUGACAUGCUUUUUUUUAACUUCAUUCCAGCAUUAAUGAACAGAGUAGUGUUCAUUUUUUGCUCUAAACCCUAUUUAAGUCCAUUUCCAUUCCUUUUUUAGCAUUAUUGUUUUGAAAUAACCGUAUUUUUAUGAAAAUGACAAUUAAAAACUGGGAAUGUUUAACUUAACUAAAGACUGCUUUACACACAGGCAACAUUUUUGGCAGCUGUAUUCAGGCUAUGUAAUGGAUUUCCGACAACAGAUAAACCUUAAUUCCAAAUCUAACGCACAUACAUUCUUUGGCCACUUUAUUAGAAACACCUACCUUGUGCUUCCACUCACUGGCCACUUUAUUGGAAGCACCC